AUGGGUUUAGGAAACUAUUUCAAACCAAAGAAGCCUGAGCCGGCGACUGGAGCGGAGUCUUCUACCAUUUAUGAGAAGCAAGCUCCUAAUGGGAUUCCACAAACAGGCAAUAAUGCUUCGCUGCUUCAACCGAUGAGUGACCACCCUGCUUCGCAAUCAUCGACAAGAACAUCCACCUCGAAUCGAUCAAACGCUGGCUCAAAUUUAAUCGGGGGUAUAAAAUAUGAGGUCAUGGUCAACUAUAUCCACCAACAACAAUGCGCAAACCUCUGGGUCAGUGAUGAUAGUGGCGAAUAUGAGGGUGUUGUACUUAGGAAGACAAGAGGUACAUAUCUGGCUUGUCCACCACAAUUAGGAAAUUCUUCUUUUGCUGCCGCAUGUGCAAGUCUUAAUGUUCAAUGCGCAAUGACAGUAAAUUCUCGAGUUAUCAAGACUUUUCUAGAAUGCUCGCCAGAGGCUAUCGAUGUCCCGCUUUUGAAUGGUCUUAGAAUACAGAUUGUACCAGGAAUGGAGGAUUUACCUCGCGCGAGGAAACACCAAUUUGCUGCAUUUGUUGCAUCUGAGGCUUUGCUAGUUGUGUGGGAUGAUGAUGCACUAAAUUUAAUCGAACGAGCAAAGCAAAUUCAAGGAGAAUUAAUGGAAUUGGUUUGGAAGCUCGAGGAAGAAAUUAAGGAAGAGAAGAAAGUUCCAGAUGCUACCACCGUGGAAAUGGAUGAAGAAAAUGGUCGACCUCUACCACAAACGCGUGCACUGCACUUGCAAAACACAAUUUUGGUCACUCUUACCCUCAUUCUGAUCAUCACAACCCUGGGUCUUGGCAUCCGUCAAGUAUCCAUCGAGACCAGCGUCGAUAAACAUUACACUCGUUUUGCACUCCUAAUCCUAACCCCCAUUCAGGUGUUUUUCACUCUUUUCUUCGCUCAAGCUAUCGUUGGAUGUUUGGCUCAGCUCUUCGGACCUGUACGACAAAUGAAAGCCAACUCCAAGUUUUACUCCGCUGAAGCACCACCACGUAUUCUCAAAGGGACUCUCCCGCACAUCACUAUUCAAUGCCCUGUCUAUAAAGAAGGACUAGACUCCGUUAUUGCACCCACUGUAAAAUCCAUCAAGUCAGCCAUUUCUACGUAUGAAUUACAAGGUGGUUCAGCCAACAUGUUCAUCAACGAUGAUGGUCUUCAAAUUCUCGGUGCGAAGGAACGACAGGCAAGAAUUGAUUUUUAUGCUGAUCAUAGCAUUGGAUGGGUUGCUCGACCAAGGCAUGGAGACAAUUUCACCAGAAAAGGAAAAUUCAAGAAAGUAAGCCACAAUCACGUCAUUGAUGUCAUUAUUUGCUGCAGUGAAUUCACUUCAACUCUAAGACUUAUGCUAACAGCUUCCAACAUGAACUUCGGACUUCAUAUCUCUUGUAUGGUUGAGGAGAAGUUAGCCUUGAUUCAAAGACCUUUGGAUUGGACUCAAGCAGAUGAAGCACAAGCAUAUGGAAGAUGCUUGACAGAAGCUUUGGAGGACAAUGGCCGAGCGUGGGCUGAUGGAAACAUUCGCAUUGGAGACUACAUCCUGUUGAUCGAUUCUGAUACUCGUGUCCCCGUGGAUUGUUUAUUGGAUGCUUGCACUGAAAUGGAAUUAUCUCCUGAAGUUGGCAUUAUGCAAUUCUCUUCUGGUGUUAUGCAGGUCGUCAAUACUUAUUUCGAAAAUGGUAUCACUUUCUUCACGAACUUGAUUUAUACUGCUAUCCGAUAUACUGUUUCAAACGGAGAUGUCGCUCCUUUCGUUGGUCACAAUGCUAUCUUGCGCUGGGCAGCUAUUCAGCAGGUUUCGUAUGUAGAUGAGGAUGGAUAUGAAAAGUUCUGGUCGGAGUCUCAUGUAUCUGAAGACUUCGAUAUGUCUCUUCGCCUUCAAGUCAAUGGGUACAUUAUUCGAUUGGCUGCAUGGGCUGGUGAAGGAUUUAAGGAGGGUGUGUCAUUGACCGUUUACGAUGAACUUGCUAGAUGGGAAAAGUAUGCAUAUGGUUGUAACGAACUUCUCUUCCACCCAUUACGUAUGUGGUUCUACAAAGGACCAUUUACUCCUCUCUUCCGAAGCUUCUUGUUCUCCAAUAUCCGAUUCACCUCGAAGAUCACGAUUAUCUCAUACAUCGGUACCUAUUAUGCUAUUGGAGCUGCAUGGAUCUUAACCACGGCCAACUAUUUUGCUAUUGGAUGGUUCAACGGAUACCUUGACAAAUACUAUAUCGAUUCCUGGAAAGUUUGGUUCUCCAUCGUCAUCGUAUUCAACGGUCUUGGAAACAUCGCACUAGCAGGAAUGCGCUACCGAGCCGGUGAACGCAGUCUCGGCUUCUCCCUCUAUGAAAACUUCAAAUGGACAUUAAUGUUGGCCAUCUUUCUUGGUGGUCUCUCUCUCCACGUUUCCCAAGCCCUCCUCUCGCACAUGUUCGAAAUCGAUAUGACGUGGGGUUCCACAUCGAAAGAAGCAGAAUUCAGUAACUUCUUUAUCGAAAUCCCAAAGGUCUUGAAAAAUUUCAAAUACUCCAUGAUAUUUUCUCUCCUAGGCAUAUCCUGUAUUGUUAUCCUGGCCACUGCACCUUUCAUUCCGUACGAUUGGCGUAUCCAGGAUUUCGUGGCGAUUUUACCUAUGGCUACGGUUACGGGAAGUCAUUUACUUUUACCCAUUGCUUUGAAUCCUGCGCUUAUGACGUUCUCGUGGUAA